UGGCUGCGAUGGCGGCGCUCAGGAGCAGCGUGUGCCGCUGGGGAGCUCUCCUCGUCCCGGGCUCUCGCCAGCUCCGCCUCCUCAGGAGGAGACCCAUCGAGCUUCUCUACCCCCAGAAAGAGGAGGCAGCCGCAGCCGGCCGCCGCACCGGAGAGAAUCCCAGCCGCCCGGCGACCGAGAAGCCUGACUCGGCCCCGAGAGAGCCGCCCGGGCGACCCUUCGGCCCCUCUCUCCUGGACGGACUCUCGUACGAGAAGGCGUUUCCCGGCGACAAGCGGCUGGCCAAAGUUGUCACCCUUGCAAAGUCCAAGAAGUUCCGUGAGCAGCAUGGGAAGAUCCUGGUGGAGGGCCGGCGAUUGAUAACCGAUGCUUUGGGAGCUGGAGCACUGCUACAGACUCUUUUCUUCAGCACUGUGGAGAGCCUGAGGGAGCUGCCUUUGGAGAAACUGAAACAUGUCAAGUUAAUAAAGGUCAAGUUUGAAGAGAUCAAGAUGUGGUCUGACCUUGUAACUCCCCAGGGAGCAAUAGGGAUUUUUGUCAGACCAGAUCAUUCCAAGAUGAAAUAUCCGGCAAUUCAGCAAGAGCACACCGUACCCCUCUUCCUCAUUGGUGACAAUAUCCGAGAUCCUGGAAACCUGGGAACGAUAUUACGAUCUGCGGUGGCUGCAGGGUGUGGCAAGGUCUUGUUGACAAAAGGCUGUGUGGAUGUUUGGGAACCCAAAGUGCUCCGGGCCGGCAUGGGUGCGCAUUUCCGCAUCCCGGUCAUUUCCAAUUUGGAGUGGGAAGUCAUCCCGAACCACCUGAGCAGCAGCACUAGGGUACUUGUUGCUGACCCUUCUCACGGAUGGACUGACCACUCAGUGACUCCCCCUGAACUGGAUGCUGCUGGUGACCGGAGCUGGAGACAGGUAGAAUACCAGGAGAGUGACAGCGAGGAUGAGGAGGGAGAGUUUCUGCUGCCGCUCCCUAAAGUGGGCACUUUGUGCUACUCCCAGCCCUGGGCUCAGGAGCAGACUGCAAUUGUGAUUGGGGGAGAGACCCACGGACUCAGCCUCGAAGCCCUGUUGUUGGCUGAGAAGACAGGAGGUCAGCGUUUGUACAUCCCCAUGGUCCCUGCUGUGGACAGCCUUAACUCUGCCAUGGCAGCAAGUGUUUUAUUGUUUGAGGGCAGGAGACAGCUUCUCUCCAUGGUGUCAGCUACCAACAGGACUGACGGACCAAACAGCAGUGUUGCUUAAACCACUGAGAGCGUCCUGAGUGUUCCCUGAGUUUCAGUGGACUUAGCCAUGCUCGUUUGGGAGCAGAGCGGUUGCCUGUGGGUCUCCUCUAGACUGAAAGCUCAUUCAUUGCACAAGAACAACUUUGAAAUACUUUCAGAGACUUGAUACACAUUUGUGCUCAUGGAAAUAUAUGUAUUAGGGUUAGCUAGCGUCGUGCAUUGUACGCAGCUGAAAACUUACAAUCAUUACAAAUGGGGGAAGCCUUACCUUCCCCUUCCAGAUAAA